AUGAAACUAAUCGUGAGAAUCACCACCGUCUUUAAAACUAUGGCCCAGGUGGGUUUGGCGGUUGGUGCGUUGGUGCUCUAUGGUCUCUACACCUACCAGAGCAGUCUCAUCUACCCAGCAUCUCUCAAUGAUGGCCAUGGACAUUGUGCUACUCCAGAUGAAUACGAUAUGGAUUUUGAAACACUUCAUUUGAAAACCAAAGAUGGCGAAACUCUUCACUGUUAUCUGCUCAAACAUGACCGCAACCAGCGUGACUACACAAACAAAACCGUGGUGAUGCUCUCGCCAAAUGCUGGAAAUAUUGGCCAUGCGCUUCCACUUGUAGCCAUGUUCUACAAAAAUUUGAACUGCAAUGUGUUCAUUUACUCUUACCGAGGCUACGGCAAGUCUACUGGAAAGCCGUCGGAAGUGGGUCUCAAACUAGACGCCGAUAGAGUGGUGGAUUAUUUGCGUAGUGAUUCUCAGUACAGUUCGUCGCAUAUCGUUCUCUACGGACGUUCGCUUGGUGGUGCUGUGGCCAUCUAUAUUGCAUCCCGCUACGGCUACUAUAUCUCUGGGAUGAUUUUGGAAAACACAUUCUUGUCUAUCCGAAAAACUGUGCCUCAUAUUUUUCCCUUUCUCAAGAUAUUCGCCAACUUUGUUCACCAGAAAUGGGACCUGGAAAAGCUAGUGCCCAAGAUUCCCGCAUCAGUCCCAGCGCUCUUGCUUAGUGCCCGCAACGACGAAAUCGUCCCCCCGCCUCAUAUGGACCGGAUUUUCUCUUUACUAAGAAGUGAUAACAAACUGAUGUACAAGUUUGAUUCGCUGCAUAACGACACUGUGAUUCAGGCGGGAUACUGGGACCACAUUGAGGAGUUUUUGGAGCGCAUAGGAUAA